UGGUUCGACACGCGUGGUAUCGUCGGAGCAGCGGCAUUGGUUUGUUGUCCUGCUCCAGCUGAGGUGGUGGAGUGCAGAGCUGCCCAGCAGAAUUGCCGGUGUGGGAGAGCUUCACUCCGUCCAUUACGGCAGCGCCGUGGAUAUGCUACUGCGUCCGGAGAAUCUGGUGUUUCUGUAGGUAAAAUUAUUGGUGCAGGUAUCUUGUUUGUGGGUGGAGGAGUAGGUGGAACUAUCUUAUAUGCCAGCUAUGAUGCUCGUUUCCGGGAAAACGUAGAGAAGGCUGUUCCCUACUCUGAUAAACUCUUUGAGAUGGCACUUGGUCCCGCACCUUGCAGCGUAACGACGCCAAAGAAAUCGAUACAGCAAGGCCCGCUGAAGAUCUCAUCUGUAGCAGAAGUAAUGAAAGAAUCCAAACAGCCCGUUACCAAAUCCGAAAAGAGCAAAACGGAAGCUGCUGCUUCGUCAGAAGAAAAGGAAGCAGGCACAACUGCAGCUCAGGUCAUCUCUGCAACAGGUGAAGCUGUGUCAGUGCCAGCUCCAGGGAUGCAGACUGAAGAAGCUAAAGAACAUGAAGAUUCCCAUGCCAUAAAAGAACGGUCACCAGAGGAAGUUGCAGCCCGGCUUGCCCAGCAAGACAAAGAGGAACAAGAGAAGAUAUCGGCCCUUGCAGCAACUUUAGAAGGAGCCCUAAGCAGUACAGCUCGUAUAACCCUCCAGGCAAUUACUGCGCAGGAAUCCGCUGUGCAAGCUGUGAAUGCCCACGCACAAAUACUCAAGGAGGCGAUGGACAAUUCUGAGACUGCUGGGGAGAAAAAAUCAACUCAGUGGCGCACUCUGGAGGAAGCGUUGAAAGAUCGGAGAAGAGCAGUGGAUGAAGCUGCUGAUGCCCUCCUGAAAGCCAAAGAAGAGUUAGAGAAGACGAAAGGUGUCAUUGAGAAUGCCAAGAAGUCUCAGAUCGCAGGAGCAAAACCUCACAUACUUGCUGCAGAAGAAAAUCUUCAUCAUAUGAUAGUUGACUUGGACAAUGUAGUGAAAAAGGUUCAGGCAGCACAAUCUGAGGCUAAGAUAGUAGCUCAAUAUCAUGAGCUUGUGGCUACAGCUAGAGAAGAAUUUCAGCGAGAACUUGAUAGUAUCACUCCAGAUGUGCAGCCUGGCUGGAAGGGGCUAAAGGUAACUGAUUUAGCUGGCCAGUUAUCGAUGGACGACCUGAACUCUCUCAUUGCGCACGCCCAUCGUCGCAUCGACCAAUUAAACAAGGAGCUGGCAGAGCAGCGGGUGAGAGAGCAGCAGCACAUCGAGUCAGCCCUGGAGAAGCAAAAACUAGAAGAUAAAAAAGCACUUGAGGCAGCUGUGGCCAAAGCACUGGAGCAUCACAGAAGCGAGAUCGAAAUUGAACAGGAAAGAAAGAUUGAAGAAGUCCGAGAGGUAAUGGAGAGUGAAAUGAGGACGCAGCUCCGGCGGCAGGCUGCUGCCCACACGGAUCAUCUUAGAGAUGUUCUUAAGAUCCAGGAACAGGAACUGAAAGUGGAAUUUGAGCAGAACUUAUCAGAAAAACUCUGCGAACAAGAAAUGCAAUUCAGACGCCUUACUCAGGAACAACUCGACAACUUCACGUUGGAUAUAAACACUGCCUAUGCCAGACUGAAAGGAAUUGAGCAAGCAGUUGAGAGUCACGCCAUUGCAGAAGAGGAAGCCAGAAAGGCCCACCAGCUGUGGCUUUCAGUUGAAGCCCUGAAAUACUGCAUGAAAACAGCCUCUGGGGAUAGUCCCACAGAACCACUGGAGAGCGCGGUGAAGGCCAUCAAAGCCAGUUGUUCUGACAACGCGUUUACAGAAGCCUUAACGGCCGCUCUCCCUCAAGAGUCUCUGACGCGGGGCGUAUACAGCGAGGAGGCCCUCAGAGCACGUUUCUAUGUAGUCCAAAAACUGGCAAAAAGAGUGGCUAUGAUUGAUGAAACAAGAAACAGCUUGUAUCAAUACUUCCUGUCAUACCUGCAGUCACUUCUUGUGUUUCACCCUCAGCAGCUGAAGCCACCUGCUGAGCUCAGCCCUGAUGACCUGGAUACGUUUAAGUUACUGUCUUAUGCGUCCUAUUGCAUUGAACAUGGAGAUCUGGAGCUGGCAGCUAAAUUUGUCAACCAGUUAAAAGGAGAGUCUAGGAGAGUGGCACACGAUUGGCUGACUGAGGCUCGAAUGACCCUAGAAACCAAACAAAUUGUGGAUAUCCUGACAGCAUAUGCCAGUGCUGUGGGGUUAGGAACAACUCAAGUGCAGUGAGCUAGGAAUAUAGCUUUGGAAGCAGUUCAGGAAUGGGUUGUGCUGGAAAGAAAUCCAACAGUCUAAGGGUUGCAAACGAAGCAGUUGGCAUGGGCUGGAAGCGUCAAAUCAAAGCACGGGUACUGUCUUGUUUCCUUGCACUGUAUUUAACUUCACCUCCUGCUCCAUUUGUAUUGGUUUUGAGUUAUCAUGACAACCAACUUCAGAAAGCUUCUCUACAAUUUCUGUAACAAUUUUGUUGCCCCAUCUUACCGUGAGGGCUUGUGAUCCAACUAAAAUAAUGUUUGUAACCUACCUGUAAUGAUUUGCCACUUUGUCAGCUGAAUAAAACAAGAUUUCAACCAC